AUGGAUGCGCUAGACAGACAACUCGCAGAAUUAAUAAACUACUCGCCCUGCGAUGUAUCAGACGCCCUCAUCAAACUGCAAAAGACGCCCGAGGGUAGCACAGCAAGAGCAGGCUACCUUGCAGAUCUAGUCCCAUUCUCUCCCAUAGCGGGGCGAAAUGAAACAAUGACCAAGAUUGCCGGUCCGGCAACAACAAUCAAAUUUCUAGCCAAAGAUGACAGCCCGCCAUCAAUCGCAAUAGAAGAACCCGAAAAGCACGGCUUCUUGCCGGGUAAGCACUGGGUAGACCACGUCGGUGAAUAUCCACCAAACCCUUAUAAGGCUGGAUCCAUCCUCGUUAUUGAACAGCCUGCGGACCAGUACUGUGCAGUGACCGGUGGGAUCAUGGCGACCCGGAUGAAAGCCGUUGGCAUCAAAGGUACAGUUGUGGGUGGUCGUGUCAGGGACUUGAGGGAAUUGCAGGCUACUGGACUUCCGAUCUGGGCUCGUGCUACUUCGACUGUUGGCACCAAUGCAGAGGCUAAGGCUGGUGCUCGUGAUGUGCCAAUUUCGAUUGAGGGUGUUACUGUUUCGCCUGGCGACAUCAUUUUCUGUGAUCCGUUGGAAGGAGUAGUAGCAAUUCCUCGCGAACUACUCGGCAAGGUGCUGGAGCUCAUGCCUAAACUGACUAGAAUGGAUGACGAUGCCAAACGGGCUGUUGCGGGGGGAAUGAGUGUCACUGAUGCUUUUAAGGCAUACCGCCACUAG